UGCCCGCUGCGCUCCCCCGCGCUACCGCCGGCCUCAGGGUGACGAGGAAGCGGAACCGCGUCCAGCUGCCAGGGCCUCUGUACGCGGCCCGCUGCAGGGUCGAGCUCCAGGGCUGAGGGGUGGGGGCUGCUGCUGCUUAGGUCGGGGGGCCUGGGGAGAACGGCCUGCUGUGCCGGCCGGGGGCAGAGGCCGUGGUUGGGGGAGCCUGGGGAGCAGGCUUCGCCUCUCCGGCCGAGCACGGGCUGCUGCAGAAACAACUGGGAUGUGGGGGGACAGCUAGAACCGAAGGAUAUUGGCGUGCUGAGGCAGCUGCACGAACUGGCGGAUUUGGGGUGCAACUGGGGGGACCUGGGACUGCCGGAGCCAGAAGAUCAACCGGAAAACCUGGGGCUCAAAGGCUGCAGCGGGGUAUUGAUGCAUCAGGAUGACAGUGAAGCUGGGAGACAGCAGCGGGGAGGAAGGGGUGAAAAAGCUAGGCAAGCGAGCAGGAGGAGAUGAGGAGUCCCUGGAAGAAGGGGCAGGAAGAGGAGGAGAGGCAGCUCCAGGCAGGAGCAGCACAAAGAAAGAAGAGAAGAUUAUUAACAACAACACUAAUAACCCCUCAUCCAGCCCCAAUUUACCCCAAGUCCCAUCUUCUCUCCAGCCUUCCCACAGCCAGGACCAGCAUCAUUUUCUCAGGUCCAGUGUCAGACCUCAGAGCAAGAGGUUAAGGAAGGAUUCUCAGGCAUCCUGCUCAGUUGGCAAUAGCAGCAGCACUACUGCAAAAGGAAAAGGGACAGAUAAUGGAGGGACCUCAUCUGGUAGCACAUCAGGAAUUCCUCCCAGCGCUCCUGCUGGGAGUUCUAAGACUGCCGCAAGGAACCUGGGGACCUCGGGUGGAGAGAAGGAGGAAGGAAAGAAAGUCAGACGUCAGUGGGAAUCAUGGAGCACAGAGGAUAAGAAUACCUUCUUCGAGGGACUUUAUGAGCAUGGGAAGGACUUUGAAGCUAUUCAGAACAACAUUGCUCUGAAGUACAAGAAGAAAGGCAAACCGGCAAGCAUGGUGAAGAACAAAGAGCAGGUCCGGCACUUCUACUACCGCACCUGGCACAAGAUCUCUAAAUAUAUUGAUUUUGAUAAUGUGUUUUCUCAAGGGCUGAAAAAAUCCUCCCUGGAACUUUAUGGCUUAGUCUGUUAUGGGGAACUAAGGAAGAAGAUUGGGGGCUGUAUGGAUGAUAAAAAUGCAACAAAACUUAAUGAACUGAUUCAAAUUGGGGCCACGACUGUUCGCUACAAAGGGAGAAACCUUCGGAUCAAAGCUCCAAUGUGCAGGGCACUGAAGAAACUUUGUGACCCAGAUGGCAUUAGUGAUGAGGAGGAUCAGAAGCCAGUACGUCUUCCUCUGAGGGUCCCCGUGGAGUUACAGCCACGAAAUAAUCAUGCAUGGGCUCGGGUGCAGAGCCUUGCCCAGAACCCACGGCUCAGGAUGAUAGUGGAGUUACAUCGGAAGGUCUCCAGCCUCAUUGAGUUCCUGAAACAGAAGUGGGCUCUCCAUGAAGUGCGCAUUCGUCAAACACUAGAGGAACAGCAGCUUCAGGACUCCAGAGAUUCAGAAGCAAGAGGCAGCCUCUCACAGGAGAAAGUGGUGCUUCAUCUCUUCCCAGGAGAGAACUGUACUCUCAUCCCUCUCCCUGAGGUGGCCAGAGUAGUUCACUCCAAGGCUUUCUGCACAGUGCAUUGGCAGGAAACUGGCAAAUGCAAACAGAACACAAAGGACUCUCACUUAUUGCCUCCUGCUCAAAUCCUAGGCAUACAGAGUGGUCAGGGGACAGCCAGAGGGCAGCUGAAGUACCCUCGGGGAUCAGAGGGUAAGAGUGGCGGAAGGACCGAGAGCACUGUAGAGCCAGGCAGAACCUCUCAGCCCAUAGCGGAAGUCUCUGCAAGCCCUGGAGAUGUCUCCCCAGAGAGUGGCCUGACAGAAGGCCCCCCUGAUCUCAGCAUCACAAACUCUCUCGAAAAACCACCUUCUGGACUUCAGGACCCGGGAGGGAGUCUGGAGAAGCCGAUCCCCGUGGUUUUCUGCACCGAGGGCGAGGAGGCCCUGGCCAGUGACCAAGCAACCAAGCUACCAUCAUGCAAUACAGCUUGUGUUUGCAGCAAGAUCCCUGACCUGGAGGAACUCUCUCUGCUCGAUCCAUUCCCUCGGUAUAUGAAGUCCUGUCAAGAUCUGAUUGUCCCAGAGAAAUGUUUUUGCACAGACAAACUGCAAGGGAAAGAUCCUGGUCCCUCAGCUGGGAGUGCCUCUCCUGUGGCUCUUCCAGCUGAGAGUACAGAGGCAGCUGACCCCUGCUCUGCACAGAUGGCAAGAGGUAGGAUAGAAGCUAGCCACAGCCAGGGACCACAGGCUGAUGCUUUUACUAAGGUUUUACAAGAUGCAGUAGUGGAGGAGACUCAAGAGAAGCUGAGCUCUUCAUUUCUGCAUUCACCUCCGGGACAAUCUUCUGCAAAGCCUCUCAAGGAUGACCCGAGCCGACUUGCUCAACAGGUCAGAGAGGAGGGAUGGAGUCUACGAAACUCUGAGAGCCUUACGUUGGCUGAGGUUUACCUCAUGAUGGGCAAGCCAAACAAGCUGCAGCUGGAAUAUGACUGGCGAGCUGUGUUAGGGCCAGAAACCCAGGAUUCCAGGGAGGAAACAUCCGAACCCAGUGCUGUCCCCACAUCUUCCAUCUUUCACAAACAAAGACUCCUCAACUGCCUCUUAAAACUCAUUUCCACUGAAGUCAACCCCAAACCAACCCCUGAGAUGAACUCUGUCGCCACAUCCCCUAUAAAACCUACUCAAGAAGAGCAAUCACUGACUCCUCCUGGAAAGGUGAUUGCCGUCAGCACCAGGAGUCCAGGUUGUGCACGAAACCAAUCUGCUCUUCGCAACAAGACCUUUUCUCCCAAUGUUAGUUCCAGCUCCUCAGGUUUGAGGAACCCCCCUAGACCUCUCUUGGCGGCUGGUCCCUCAAGUUCUGGAGGAGCUGAUGCAGACGGUGGGCUCUUUGCAGUUCCCACGACUCUACCACCCAAUAGCCGACAUGGAAAGCUGUUCGUGCCUAGCAAGGAAGCAGAACUGACCUUCCGACAGCACUUGGACACAAUUAGUAUGCAGUCAGACUACUUCUUGCCAAAACCAAGGAGAUUGCGGAACAGGCACCUGCGGAAGCCAUUGGUGGUACAGAGAACACUGCUCCCCAGGCCAUCGGGAAAUCCAUCUCAGCAUGUCUGCUCCUUCUCCAUCUUAUCCAACUCUUCCAUAACAGGGAGAGGUUCAUUUCGGCCAAUCCAGUCUUCACUGACUAAAGCUGCUGUUUCUCGACCCAUUGUGCCCAAGGUUCUUCCAACACAAGCUACCAAUCACCUGUCCAGUGCUAUUGACUUGGCAGCUAAAAGUGCUGGUAUUAUCCCUGGCAGCCCCUUGCCUGUCCUGGAUUCUGAGGGCUUGUCAGGUGUGUCUCCGCUGUCACCAGACGGUGUGGCUGCAGUGGUCACGGGGCAGGAGUCGGCAGAGGCAGAUCAGAAUGGAAGCUCCAUCGGCACAGUAGGGGGUUCAAGCAGUAGGUGUCGGGUUCCUUUCAUUAACCUACCCACACAGCAAGAGCAGAAGGCGGUCCCUGAUGGAUUCCAGCAGGACACAUCAGUCCUUUCUCUGUCAGAACUGUCCAAGACUCCUCUCCAGAAUGGUGUCUCCACUCCUCCGCUUCCUCCAUCACAAGCCUCCAGUACGCAUCUGUGUCCUCCCAACGUCUCUGCUCUGCUGGAUAUCUCUCUUCCUGGACCACCUGAAGAUGUGCUUUCUCAGGGAGAACCUGCCACUCAAAUAAGCGACUCUAUCAUUGAAAUCGCUAUCAGCUCUGGUCAAUACAAUGAAGGUGUUUCCCUCUCCCCUGCGAAACUGAAUGGCAGUGACAGCUCCAAAAGUCUUCCAUCCCCCUCCAGCAGUCCUCAGCAGAACUGGAUUGCCUCUCCGAGCCAUGAUCCACAGUGGUACCCCAACGACUCUACCGACUCUUCUCUCAGCAGCCUGUUUUCAAGUUUCAUCUCCCCCGAGAAGGGCCGGAAAAUGUUGCCAACUCCUGUUGGAACUGCCAGUGGCACCUCCUUAUUGGGACCCAGCCUGCUGGAUGGAAACUCACGGGACUCUUUUGUGUCUCGAUCUCUGGCAGAUGUAGCAGAGGUGGUGGAUUCCCAGCUAGCUUGCAUGAUGAAUGAGAACAGCAUAGAUUACAUAUCUCGUUUCAACGAUCUUGCCCAGGAGCUGUCAAUACCUGAGCCAACCCGUAGGGAAAUCCUCUUUGAUGGAGGAGGAAGCGGCCCCCCCAUUGGUGACCUCUCACAGUGAGCAUAAGAGACCAGUACGCUGGUGGAGACUGUUCAGCUUAGUGGAAUUUAUUGUAUUGGAUCUGAGAGGCAAGUUGAGGAUAUGCAAUUGAUGUCCAAAUGCUGUCGUCCACUGCACGCCUUUCUAGAAGAGCAGCAUUGUCUUUAGAGGUCUGAAGAAGUAUCUGCAAGUCCUAGAAUGUGCAAUACGCUGGGGAAAAUGUAACGUGAAACAUUACAGGGAGUGAUGUGUCUGCAUCAAUGAUAUAAGAUGGUGAAUAAAUGAGUUUGAGGUGGUCCUGGAUUUGUACUUUUGGCAUGGCCUAGGCAAGAAGCUUGGACAAGAGUAUGGCUAGAAACUUCUUCGACUUGAAUCUUUUUUUGCAUGCUGAUCAACAUACCAUGAUUUGGGAUCCACAUUGAAAUUGAGGGGUAGAGGGAGAGGGAAAUCCUUUUUCUAUUCACAUCUUGAAACGUACUGUUUGGCACGAUUGUUGAAUCAGUCAAACUGAAGUUUCUUGCACUCUCCUGAAAGGCACCAUUCCUCUGUGAUGCUUGUGCUGCAAUUUAAAAAACAUUGUUUCUUUGGCUACGCCUUGUUUAUUGAACAUUCCAGUGGGGCAAAAGCCUGCAUUCUUGUUUUGGGGCUCAUGUAGGCUCCCCUAAAUAUUGGGGGGGAUCUCUGUGGAUUUUUCUUGUUUUUUAAAUCUUACCCUACAUCACAGCCACCAUCCUUCUGACUGAAUCUAUUUGCUCCUUUUAGCAGGCUGACACAGGAUUCUUCAUCGCAUUGGACAGUGCACUGAGUCACCCCCCACCAAUGGGAGUCUGUUUUCCCUGGAAGAUGGUUACUUUCCAGGAGAGAAAACACUGCAGAAAGGGGUCUUCCUGGAAUCACUCUUAACGCUUUGUCUUAAUAGGUUUUGUUUUUGUUAGGAAAUCUGUAUAUCACCAUCUUUCUCCACAUAAACACCAGAUCCAGCAUCUCAUUGGGGAUUCUUAUGGGAGAGGAGAUAGGAAAGAAUAAUGUUCAUAUAAAUAAUUAAGUUAGAUUUCAGCAAUCUUAUGUCUUUCAAUGAGUCUUAUCUUAAUCUGACCUCUCCACCCUGUCGUGGCCUACCUAGAUGCUCUGUGGUACCUCAGGGCAUCAUUUUUCACUGUAGUCCCUCCCUGGCACUGAUGGGUCCAGAAGUUCCCAGCUAAGCUGUUAUGCAUUUCUAUGGUAUAGUGUUUUAAUGCCUGAAAGACCCAAGUCCUGAUAUCAGCAGGUCCAAAGGAGUUCUAGUAACGUUACUUCCUUUACAGAUGGUUUUCCUUUUGCUUUUUAAUAGCUCAGGAUACAUCCUUCCUUCUCCUAUUUCUUUUCCCAUCAGUCUUGAAAAGGAUACUUUUACUGUGCCUGUUUUUAAAGCAUUUAUCUGCAGCCUCCAGUAAAAGGAUUCCCCUUGACUAUUUUAGGUCGCUCUGAAGAAAUAGAUGCUAGUCCUGUAUAAACCUCAAACUUUUAUAUACAUAGCUGUUCGCUAAUGAUUCAAACAUAAACCCCUCUAUCCUUAAGGCCAUUACCAGGGCUUCAUUUUCUCAACUCGUGCUGUGCUCUGGAUGUAGUUCUACCUACUCCUACAAAGCAUUUGACUGGGAGUCUUAUUAAAAUGUUGACCACAAAGCACUGAUUGGGCAUACAAUGUUCCCUGUCACUUUACCCCCACCUAGUUAGACGUUUUUGAUAUUGGUUGGCAUAUUCUUUGCAUUGUGCUUCUCUAGCUUUAAGAGAGAAUUUAACCAGUUUUCUGAUGUUCAUACUCUGUGAUCCAGAGCAGGUUUAUUUACCUCCUUCUCUAAUGGGUGGAAAGACUUGGAGGCCACUCCUUUGAUUCAUGCUGUAGGAUGCCUUGUGUCUGGUUGCUUCGUUCUUCUCUUGGAUGUUGGAACCACCUGCCCAGCUAGACACCGCAUUCGUACAGUUGGGUGUUCCCAGCAGGGACUCAGACCUGCAUCACUAGCAAGCAGUGGGUCAGCACAUUAAGGGGGGGGCAGAUUUCAUACUAAUAAGCUAACUCCCUUCUUUGGCUAUAAGUCACCUGAGUUCUUUCCUCUCAGAACAGGCGGUCUAAAAUCCUAUCACAGUUUACAGGGUCUCUCACAGUCCUAGAACACAGACACAUUUAAGGUUGCCAGUCAAAUCUACACUUAGUCAUGUAUAUUUGUUUCUGAAGGGUUCAAACUUGGUAGAAACCAGGAUUUCCAUUAAUCCCACUGUCUGAAUCUUUCCAGUGAUUGUUGUAGUUCAGAUGUCUUUCAGUCCAGUCUUUCUCAAAGCACAAACUCCAGGUUUUGGCUACCCGCAUUAGUAAUGCCAUCUGUAUUCUCCAGAAAUACUUCUGCUAACUAACAGAGGCUUCCUAGUAUAGAUGUGCCCGUGGAUUAUCGAAACAUAAUGACAUUUAGCACAAGUAGAAGGAGAAGUGACAAGUUUUAGUCAAGUGCAACAAAUCUGAGCCUUCAGUUGGUUUUUAUGUCUUAAAUUUUGAGAAGUUAGCCUUAUGCUGGCAAGUAUAUUUAGUUACUUCAACCUUCCCCCGCCCCCCAAAAUAGAUAUUGAUAAUAGGACGGAUGUCACAUUGAUCUUGUGAGGCACUCUUCCCCGCAUGGGGUCUAGAUUAUGCCAACUCUGUUGCAAGUGAAGGGUAUGACAUUUCACCAGGAUCUGCUUAUGAGACUAUCGCCAGAAUGUAGUGAGCUGUCUACAGCCCAUGUGCCUUGCCACAGCAAAAAAAUUAUUACAGGAUGAAUCUCAAUGUGGUGGAUAUUUGUAAUGGCCCAUGAGGCCAGCAGAUUUUAAUAUCCUGGACUUCUCAAGGCAGAACAGGAGCACUAGGUGGGGAGGCAAAUAUGAAGAAUAGGGCAGAGCUACCUUUCAGCACCCAGAAAUUCUAUGAUAAAAAUGUGCUUAGCAUCUGCCUUUUAAAAAAUUCUUCUUAUAAAUACAUAUUUGAACAUCCUUUCCUCUCCCCAUGGUCUCCAUGGCCCCCUUCUUCGCUCCCCUCUUCCUGAUAUUUGCAGUGCACAGAGAAUAUUCCCACCUACUAUAUCUGGUCUCUGAUUCAGGAAUGUUAUGAUACCCUGCACAUUGUUUUGCUUGGGUUUUGCUAUUACAAUGCAAAGUUUCUUGUCAGGGAAAAUUUUAAAACAAAAUUUUAAAUUCAGAUCAAUAGAGAACUUACAGUCUUCGUGAAGUUGCUUGUAGACAUACCUUGGGAGAUACCUUUCUCUAGGAAUUGGUGGAUCUCUAGCAGAUGCCCCAUUGUGUGCUGGACUUCAACAGACUGUACCUAGGGCUGCCGUGGGGAAAGCUAACAUCUUGUUUAAAGUAAAAAAAAUAAAAGUUGAAUUAUGCUAUUUCAGCUCCUCUAACAUGACUAAGUAACCAGAACAACUUUUCAGCUUUUUCUGAACAGCUGUUCAAGUAUGUUGCUAGUCAAUUGCAGGCAGGAUUGUUUCAGGGGAGUAACGCUUACUCCAUUAUUUUCUUAUCUUCAUGAGGCACUGUGAAGAGGCAGGGAGGGGGGAAUAGACAUUGACAACCUGGCCUCUACUUCUGAUGUAAGUUCCUGUAAAACUUGUGCUCUGACUUAAAGUUUAGAUUUUUUUUUUUUUUUUUUUAACCUCAGUUGUUUGACUGGCAAGCCUGUGAGUGUACAUGGAAUGAUGUAACUGGUUUCUUUGUAUUCCCCUAAAGUGGGAUGUUGGAAACAUGAAACUUGUCACUGUAGUUUGGGUAUAAAACAAUAUUACCUCCUAAAGAAUACAUCUGCCUUUUUCUGCACGUGUGCACUUAGUAAUGGGCCAGCUACCAGGGCAUCAGAUUCUGCUCAGCCAAACAAUUCAUUCUGUCCUUCGUCAGUAAAUCUACCCAGUAUAGGAAUUUUAAUUGGUUUUUAAAAUGGCAUUGUGUAACUUUUCCUUGACACCCUUCUUACUUAUCUUUCUAAAUUGAAGUAAAUAGCUUGGAUCAAACAUAAUCUACAAAGAAAGCUCGUCUACUGACUAUCAAUCCCGCAGUGGAAAUUACUAUUGCAUUUUUUUUACACUCAAAAGACAGAUGCAUUUGUAAGGAAAGUACUGCACUUUUUUAAUCUUUUCAAACCUUUAAAUCUCCUGAGUUCACAGUGAUUUAUAAAUGUUAAAUAAGUGAAACCUUGGCAAGCACUACGGCAAUAAGUUAUCAUUAGUUACUGAAACAUGAUAACUGGCUUUAGAGCUUUUGGUUUGGCAGCAAAAUUUAUUGCUGUUUUUUAAUAAUAGUUAAGCCAUAUCAUCUAAGGUUUUUGGCUUGUUUGAAAUGUGAAUUUGUUUUAUAGAUUAUAAAUAUACAAAUAUAGUGUAUGUAUAAAGCAGAAUGCCUGUCCUUACUGAUUUUUUGUACCAUAUUGUAAAUUAUAUUAUUUAUUCUUUACCAAUUUUGGAAAAAGGUGUUUUGGUUAUUUAAUAUAAUAUACAAAAGCUGUUAAACUUCCUGUUUAAAUUUCCAGUUCAACUUGUAAAGCUGUUUUUAUUGUGCAUAAAUACAUACUAAUACUUGGUCUAA